AUUAAAACUGAUCAUGAUGCUGCUGAUGCUGAUAAUGGUUGGUGCACAAAGACCCGUUCUUUUGCGAGCUGGAAUUUGAAAAUGUGUUCCGACAUGCGUGUGAACCUUAGGGGCUUGUGGUAGGGGCUGGUUUCCCUGCUGCCGGCGCCACGAGACCUUGGAUGCUGAGACAGCGGCGUGUUAUGACAUCUUGGAAAUGCAUCAGAUUCACGCGCAUGCACCCUUCUGUACGUGUGGGUGAGCGUAAGCGGGAACCUUGGCGCGGCAAACCUUCGGUAGUUUGCUUUGCCAGUCGCACGCGGAUCCCUUGCGUUUCACUUCCGUGCAAGCCAGAAGGCAUGCCGGGAACUUUUCGACACCCCAGUGCCAGAACGGUGAAACCUUAACGAGGGUUUCGCAAGCGAUUAGGAGCUCUUGCUGUGUAUUUUGUGACAGUAUUUGCUUGUGUGUGGUUGCUUAUUUCAACGUGUUUCUACUCCUCCAUUGUGCCGGAGGACCAUUGUGUGACGUUGACAUCGGUAUAUGCUUGUUCGGUCCUCCAGGGUCUGUUGGUAAAUUUGGACUAAAUGGAUGUGGUGGCAUCGGAUAUCCAGAUACUGAUUUCAUCACUGUGUAGAUUAUGCACCGAAUGCCAAUAAUAGCGGUAUAUCACCGUCAUCGAGAAGCCAGCGACGAGGACGCGCACUCGUCCGGCUGGGUGCAGGCGACACGAGGCCAGAGGUCAGACUCUUGUCAGUUAGUCUUGAAGCGGACGAAGCCAUUUUUGGCUGAAUUCGACGGAGCCCACGCGCUACCGGAUGCUGGACGAGAGCGUGCAAGGCUAAACAGUCGUCAAGGAGGAAAUACCGCGGGCUGGUCACACCCUCGCUCAUAAGACCAUGGCGACUAGAACUUGUCACAGCAACCAUCACGUGGGACGUUGUUACUGGAAAUUCUGAGCCCUGCCUGGCAAUGCAUUAACAUCAACACACCACUGACCUGCGACAUCAGUCAAUCUUUUGUCAAUGAAUGUGGGAGAUAGUGAUUAACGGAACUUCGGUCCAAUGCCCGGCUCGUUUACAGAAGAAAAGAAAGUAAGAGAGAAAUAGGAGAGAAAAAAUUAGCAGGGGAGAAGAGGGUGGUCACAAAUAUUUUGAGCUGUGAUAGUUUCCUUUGAAAAGCAAUAAGUCUGAAGGUUUUCAGUAAAGAUUCCGUUCCCCUUAAAAAAAAAAAUCAAGAACUUUCUUUGAAGGAGAAACAACUAGCUGCAGCUACUGAUGCAGCCUGCAGCAGAUGUCGAGGUGAUUUCCUAAAAAGCGGUGUAUUCCGGGCCCUCCUCACAGGGCUGUAAAGACGCCAGCAGCUGGCUUAACAGCGGCUUCCUCCCUCUGUGGGCUGUGGAGGGCAGUGCCAUCGUUGACUGCACCGACUGUGGGCUGUGGAGGGCAGAGACAAGCGCAGACGGCACUGAAAGUUUCCUACCAACGACACCAAGAUUUCCAUCAAGUCUGAGACUCGUUCUUUCCUUUCUACCCAGCAUCUUCUGAGGGUGGUUUGGAUUCUAGCGCUGAAACAAGGAUUCCAGCAGUUCGGUGUGUGCGUGUGUGGCGAGAAAGGGUGCUGGAUGACAAAGGAAUCUUUUUUUUCCAGCGUGCCGUGCACGCGCCUGUGUUAGGAAAGGACCGCGUGUCAUCCUGGGAGAUUUACGUCAUUGUGCUUAAAAUAGAACAGGCUUACAGAGGAACCGUUGCCAAAUUCUUGCUGGAGGUUGACCUGUGCAGCAAACUUUCCGUCGCAGCUGUAGCUUUGUAGCUGCUGCUGUUUCUGCUUAUCUGGAAACGGCCGUUUGACGCCGCGUGUGUCGGAUGUUUCACACCUUCAUUUAUUCUGACAUUUGGAACAUUCAGUCGGACUGACGUUUCACAUUGCAGCCACCUACCAUUCUGGACACAAAGUCUUUCAAAAUGCGGUCGGUUUAACAGGAGGAAUUUUUUCCUGGAAAAAAAAGCAUCUGUUUGACCCUAGUGACCUGUGAUGCCAGCGCGAGUGGUGACGCGCUGUCUGUGACGUCACAGAGAAACAAGAUGGUGGGAAGCCAGGGAGACGCCCCGCAGAGGUCGGCCAUCGCACAGCUGCUGUACAAUGUCCACGGCCCGGCCAUGCUGGACCAGGGGAACACUGCCAGCACCGGCAGGGGCACUCGCCGUCGUCGCGAGUCCCGGCGGCUGAGCUUGGACAGCUGUCGCCAUCAGGAGGGCAAGACCCGGGUGUACGUCCGCUCCAAAGACCUCAACCCGCACGGACCCUUCGUCAAGGAAGCGGAUCGUUUGCGUGGCGAGGUGGAGGAGGUGCAUCGAACGCUGACUUACAUCCGGGCUGUUGUGCAGCAAGGCAAGCUGGAGAUCUUGCCAGAGACAGCAACUCUCAUCCUGGAAACAGUUAUGAAUGUGUUUACAACACUCCGGAACAUGCCAGGGGCUGCAGCUGACAGUACCUCACUGAUGUCCUGCCAGAAUAAGGUGUGCCAGAGCCUGGCCCGCCUCAUCCAGUGGACAGAUGGACUGCUUGUGGGGCCACGUGAAGCAUUCAGCAAAGAGAGUGCACAUGAAAUCAUUGAUACUUUAGCAGCUGGCAUCAAGGAAUUAAGUCAGAUGUGGAUGGACAAAAUGGCAACUCAGAAGCCAGUUUCCCAAAAAUCAUCGAGUCCAGUUGGCGGCCUGUUAGCACCACCACCAGAUGUUGUGCGGCGUGUGUCACUUCCUGAUAUCCCUCUAACGCCACGUGAACAAGAAAUACUGCACCAGACCAGCCAGCUUGAAGCAGGCAGUUACGACAACGUUGACUCAGCACGAACCUCAGCAGCCAACGAGAACUUAUUUUCCUUUGACCACGAUUGCACAGCUGGACCAAGUCCUCCCCCAAAACCUCCAUUGCCUGCGGGUGCCAACCAUCUUGUUCCCAAACUUCUUCAGCAGUCAAAAACAAGUGGUGCUGAUGUUGCCAAUGGUGAGGAAUCUUUCCCACCUCCAUUGCCAGAGAAGCGGAGGCUGCACAACAGUGAAAUGCUCUCUUCAGUUGGUUCCCAGGUUUCCAUGAGUGGCAGUCGCAGCAGUGGACAGACAACUCCUACAGGCUCGCCACACACAAGCAUGGUGACCAGUCUGUCCUCAGACCAUGCCCUCAGCACUAUUCUUUCAGGAACCCCUCUUCAGUCUCCGCAGAGCAUUUCACCUGGAAGUAGCAUGAGCUCAAACCUUAACAACUCUUCUUCAGAUGACCUAAGUGCUUGCCCUUUAGCAGGGACAAGCACUGUUGUGCUUAGCCGAUCAUCUCAUAGCAGUGUCAUGUCCAGGACCUCUAGUGAAUCAAGGAUUAUUAGUUCAUCCGUGGUGAAGCCCGAGUGUCGGGCAGGUGGCGCAGGAGGUGGUGGGAGAACAUUUGAGGAAAUCAAUGCACUAACAUCGGAAAUUAAAAAACUUACUUCCAGUAUAGAGGAUAUUCCCCCACCUCUUCCAGCCAAAAAGGGAUCGCUGCAGCGGCUAAUGUCCCAGUAUGACAACAUCCCAGAUACAAGCACACAGGUCUUUACAACAUCCUCAGUCACGUCAGCAACCUCAGUUGUCACAUCUCGGACUGUUGUCAGCAGAACGAUGGAAGCCAAGUUUUCAUCCAGCUCUACGCAGUCAUCGCUGCAGCGUGCAUCCCACAGUGGUCUGCCAUUCCCUUUUGAGGAACGAGUAUCCAGUUCAACACACGAGACAUACUCCAGCUCUGAGACCUUUUCUUCUGCCUCUCACUCCAGCACAGAAAGUUUGCCCAAACCUCCACCACUUCCUCCCAAGAAAAGACACAUCCAAGCCUACAUGCAGACCUUCGGUGCACUUACUCAGCCCUUAUCAUUAGAGUCAAUAUCACGACACUCUAUCAACUUCUAUGAGGCUCAGUGGCAACAGCACCAGAUGGAGCUGUGCCAGCCUCCCUAUCCCCGCUCCAACACCAUUUCCGUCUUUUCCGACAUCAGUUCCGACUCGUCUUUCAGCAGUGGCUCACCAGAGAGGUUUUCUGGGGGAGCUCCUGCACUGCCCGCCAAAUCUCGCAGGUCAUUUGAAGUGAACCGAAGCAGCCAGGUGUCAACUGGAUCCAGUCAGUUGGAGAGUAUAUCUCUUGGUGAAUUUUCAACCAGCAGCCACAGUCAGAGUCAUGGGGCUCUCAACCUAGUUGACCUGGAGCCCCCCAGCAGAUCAUCAUUUCCAUCAGUGGUACACGAUGUUCCUCUCCCUAAAAGCCCCACAACGCCCUUCACCCCACCUACCACUGUCAGCUCCAUCAGCACCAGCAAUGGCACCAGUCCUACAGUGACAGUCAGCGCAUCAACAAAGCCAGAAAUCCAAGGAGAUGCAGAUUCAGAUUUUGCAGAACUAAAUCCCUUGGAUGACGUGGAUGUGUCAGAUCAGCUUGUGAGAAAACGAGAGGGAGAGGACGGCCCAGAGAUCCGUGGGGGUUCUAUUGAUGCUCUUAUUGUGCAUGCCACAGCAGCAGGGAAAUCAGGCUCGGAUGGAGAUAUUACAGACCAUGAAGAGUUUAUUUACCAGGAGGCUUUCCUGACUACUUAUCGCACAUUUAUUUCCCCACGAGCCCUGAUUGAGAAGCUGCUCUAUCGUUUCCACAAAUUUCACCAUGCUGCUGAUGGCAGGAAGAAGCUGGCACGAAAUUCAUUUUCACUGCUAAUAAGGGUCAUUGACGAACUUGGGCACACAGAGUUAGAUGAGGAGGUCGUGUGCCGUCAAGUAGAGUUAGUGUAUGAGCUGCUUUGCCAGGGAGAGCUUGGACUUGCACGUCUGUUGCGGCGGAAACUUCUAGAAAAGUGCAAGAAGAAACAGGCUGUACUAGAGUUGCCUCCACCUGUUAAUCCUGUGCAGUCUAUAGACUUGUCUUCUAGUAUGCCGGACCUGCUGGCAUUCAAAUCACAUGACAUAGCUGAGCAGAUGACUUUACUUGAUGCCCAACUGUUUCAGAAGAUAGAGAUUCCUGAAGUCUUGUUGUGGGCCAAGGAGCAAUCAGAGGAGCUAAGUCCAAACCUUGCCACCUUCACCCAACACUUCAACAACAUGUCCUAUUGGUGCCGUACUCGUAUUCUGAGCCAGGAUGACUCAAAAGAACGCGAGAAGUAUCUGAUGAAGUUCAUUAAGAUUAUGCGGUAUUUACGAAAGCUCAGAAACUUCAACUCCUAUCUGGCAAUAUUGUCUGCCCUUGACUCUGCUCCAGUUCGUCGUCUUGAGUGGCAGAAACAGAAUGUUGAGGCACUGCAGGAGUUCUGUCAGCUGAUUGACAGUUCGUCAUCUUUCCGUGCCUAUCGUCAGGCCCUCGCAGAGACCGAACCUCCCUGUAUACCAUACUUGGGACUUAUUCUGCAGGACUUGACAUUCAUCAACUUAGGUAAUCAAGAUGCUCUGCCUGAUGGAAGCAUCAACUUUGCCAAGCGCUGGCAACAGUUCCACAUUCUGGACAGUAUGCGUCGCUUUAAGACAAGUAACUACUCCUUCAAACGCCAUGAGAAGAUUCAGUGCAUGAUGAAUAACUUUGAGGACUUCCUUGGAGAAGAGAUCUUGUGGCAAAUAUCACAGAAGAUCAAGCCUCGACCUACUCCCAAAAAACAGGACCAUGACUCUCUGUCUUGAUGAUGAGUUUUAGUUUGGCUUACAUCAUUUGCGUAUUGCGCCCAAAGCCUAUUUCCUCCAGAAUACGAUGUGGGAAUUGAAAACCCUGUGAUUGAUGCACAAGGUGUUUCAACUAGUGCUGCAGUUAUUGGAUUUUUCUGCCGUGAUGUGCAUUUAAACCCUUGUCAGUGCAUAUACACACAACCGACAUUAAAUCAGGCAUUUUUUCAUUUCUCCUUGAGAAUGAAAUUCGUCUAAAUCAUCAUACUGGUCAUUUUCUAUUUAAACCAAAUUCAUACUUGACAUUAUUUAAAAGUCUCUUUUUUUAAAAAAAAAAACGUUUUUUAAUUCAUGCACAGGGUAUUUGAGUGAUUCUACCAGAUGACGUGCAUCUUUUGCAAAAGAUCAAAGUUAUCAGUGGCGUAAUCACCAUGAUCUCAUGUUAUUCAGUAAAUAGUAAUGGGGAUGCAGUGGCCAAAGCAGAGCACUGCACAUUCUUUUGAAUAGAUGUUUCUGUUGCACAUAGAACAGUCAUGUCCAGAUCCUGCUUGGCAAAGCACAAAUGUGAGAUACAUCAACAGGAGAGAAUUUCAAAAAGUCGUGUGCCACCUGCCAAGUCUGUUGUUCACUUCUUUCCUAUAGGCAGUGGCAGGUUUCAACAGCCAGGGGACAUAAUGGACUUUGACAGAGCAUGUGCAAGCCAAGAAAUAUAGGAGUGGUGUCUCAUAUUAGUGAUGCACGUAGUGUUUUGUCACCUGAUGAUUUCAUGUUCUGUGCUGAGACAAGUGAUUGGAUUCAUUUUGCAUAGAAAAGCUUGUGUGAAAUAGGGACUGAGACUGUGGCGAGAGACACGCUACCUAUUUUUAUCUGAAUAACUGAUAAUUUUACAAGUACAGGCCAUGUGCUUUCCAUAGCAGGUUCUGCUGUACACAACUCACCAUUUUGUGAUCUGUGCAAGUUCAGAAGUGAGAUGGGAGGAGUGAAAGAUAGUUGGUACAAGAGAAAACAGCAACAUUUGUACAUGCUGCCAUCAGGCUCAUUUGUUCACUGCUGCUUUGGGCUUAUGUCCCACAUUCAAAUCUCAGAAAACAACAAAAGGAGGAAGUUCUUUUGUGAAUCACCACAAGUGGCAGUCAUGUUGGUAGGCUUGUCACAAAGGGCAUCAUCAAGGAUGUUUUUAGGCUCGUCUCAGACACGUCAUCAGGUAAUAUUUUAGGGAAGCCGACCAUGUGAGAAGCUGGUACAGCGUACCGGAUAUGCAAAUAAUUGUUGUAAUAAUGUAAACAAAGAUUAAUUUAUGCAUAAGAAAGACUUGCUCUAUGGCCAUUUUCUGCUUUGUUAAGAAUUAGCAUUAACAGGUGUCGUGCAGUCAGUGUUCAACAGCGCUUGUGCUAGCAGUUCUAUGGACCAUCCUUCAGCAUAUGGACAUUUGUCUCCAGCAGAAUUUCUUUUGAAUAACCAUGUGAGCAAUAGGGAUUAAAAUUACUUGAUAAUGUUAGGAUGAUUCUAAGGUACAUCAUUUUGACUCUCAUCAUUUGGCAUAGUAAUAUCAGUGAUGGCACAGUAAUAGCAUGGACUUAUUCAGCAAAGGGGCAGACUAGCUGCUGAAAAAUUUGGUGUUAUUUGAUGUCUAUUCAUUUGCUGUCUAUACCAAGUCUCUCAGGUGUAACUAGUUGAUGUGACAUGCUGAAGUGUUAGAAACACAACAAAAGUAUUUAUAUUGUAACAAUACAACAUUUUACAAACUUUAGCAUUUUAAAAAGAUCAUUGCAGGCCAUAAAACAGCAUUACUUAUGCAGGAACAGUUACAAAAAUAACUAUGAUUAUGAACAGGUCCCUAAAAUUCACACUUUCUUCCUCUGUUAUAGUAACUUUACACCUUUAUCUUGAAUAUUGCUAUUACUGAAACUUUAUCAUUAGUAAAAGAAGGGGUAAUAAGUUUGAUUCUUUAGCCCUUAAAUUUCCAUGCACAUUCAUUGCAACAUAGCUGUAAUUGAGGCUGAGGUAGAGCUGUGUGGCCCUACUGCUUAAUUUGUUUUUCCACUUGGCUUCAGCUCUUGUCACCCAUUGCAAAUUACAUGCCUACCAUUACUUUGACAAAAAUAUUUGCAAGAUCUUUACAUGUAACUCUAUUUGUGAGAAUUUUUGUUAUUAUGAUGUGGAGAUUUGAAAAGGGAAGAAAUUCUUGGAGAUCUAUUUAAAUAGUCAUGAAUAUUAAAAAAGUAAGGAUUUGUGGACAGCCAGAGAACAGAAAUAUAAGUGAGUUUUGGUGUGUUUGGAUUUGAAAAGACUUGUAAGGUUCAGAUGUUUAUAAAUACUCAAUGAAGCAUCAAGUCAAACUGAUCAGCAGAGAUAAUAGCAAUAACAGUUUGCUAUAUCUCUUCAAAGGACGUUCAUUUGCAGUCUAUUAUAAAGUGAGAUUUUUUUUUUUUUUGAAUUCUUUUCUGAAUUUUUGUUUUAAUGAUAGGGGCCAAACUAUGGCAUUUUUAGUUUUUUCCUCCCAUGUGUUCAAAAAAAAAAAAAAAGUAAGUAGCUAGGGUUACAUCAAAAAUCUUAGUUUGUGACAGUAAAAUUUGAUGUAUCAAUGGUAACUGUCAUGCACUAAUGAUCCCAAUUUGAUCUGUUGCUUUAAUAGUUCAAAGACAUUACAGAAUUUCAAUAUAGUGAGUUUUUGUUCAUUUCAUGAUAAAUCCUAAUCAGUAGGUUGGAAACCUUAUCCCUAACCAUUUUCUAAGAAAUUGAUGUUCUCCAUCAAACCCUUGUGAGUACUUAACAGAUUUCAUCUGAUAUUUGAUGUGUGAACAAACUGUUCCAACAGCAUUUCCUUUCCAUCUUAUUAAAGAAUAUUUAUAGAACACUGAGUGUAUGUAAUGUGGAUGCUGUUCUGUCUUCUCUAAAUACCAACUUUUAAAUUUCAGAAUGCAGGUAUGCUAAUUAUCUUAAGUAAGAUGGUUCCACAUAUCAAAACUACUUACCUUGCAAACCCCAUCUUUUCACAAAAUAGUCGCCAUUGGCCUGAAACAGUGGAAUGGUGCAAAUAAAUGAGAUACAAGCUGCAAAGAAAAGGCAACAUGAAGUGUAUAUUUAAAUUUACCUGUUUUGGAUAGCAGAUCUUUAUCUGUAGGUGGACUUGUCUGCAAGACAUUAUUGUCAGCUGCACGUGUGGUCUGCAGUACAAACUUUUUCUUGCACACCUGAUCUGAUCUCCAGAAAAGCAUGUAGGAAAAGAAAGUUCUUUUAGACACAGGAUUCCAGUUAUGGAAUCUGAGCUGCAGUUUUUAGUUGCAGUAGGCAAGUGUCAGUGAGUGAAACAAGAUGCACAUUUGUGUGUUUGAUGUUAAAUACUUUAGUGUUUUUAAAACUGUUGCUGUGAUUUUUGUGUAUGUUUUCAGAAUGUUCACAUGUACUUGUACAGUUGGUUUUGUUUUUUUUUCAUCAGAGUGACAAUUAUUAACUCACAAUGACUAUACACUUGCAGUAAUAACCUUCGUAAUAUAUAGUUGAAGUCAGCUGAAACAAAUGAUACUCUUCCAGUCUGGUGAAGGAACUACUUUUAUUUGUAGACAAUUGAGCCAAACCAAACUUCUGAAGCCACGUUUACUGUAGCACAUAUGCCUGUACCAAGAGAUCACCAAGUCUUUUGGUUGGCUUGUUGCUACCAAGUUCAAGUUUGCAUAAUACAAAUGUAAUUGAUUUCUUGAGUAAAGAACUAUCAUACACAAAACUGUUCUUUGCAGUCACUGUCUCCAUGCUAUCCACCUUCUGCCUCCUUGUGUUUCAGUACCCAAAACAAAAAUAACAGGUUGAUGCUGAUAAAUAUUUAGUAAAAACAGAACGUUUCAGGCAAAGUUCUGUUGCAACAGUUUGUCACACUUGAUUCUAGAUAAUGUUUUACAGAUGUGCCAGCACAAAUUUAGGUUGCUAUUGCAAACAAGCAGAUGUAAAGAAAGGUUGAGGAGGAGUCAUGUGAGAUGUAAAACAUCUGUAAAUCAGUUUGGUGAUCGCUGGCACAGUUUGGCUAGCCUUUUCCAUAUAGAUGAACAACUUACAGAGUUAACCUACUUAUUUGCCCCUGUGUGUUCCCAAUCUGCUUUUUUUCCCUGCAGCCUCUCCCUGUGUAGAUUUGAAAUAAAGUCUCGUUUUACAAAAUGGUCCCGAAAACUUUAUCCCCUAUUCUUGUCAGUGUUUCUGGUUAUACACAGGUGUAAUAAGUAUUUGUACAGUUGUGGUGACAGCCUCGUUCUGCAUAUCAUUCAGGAGUGACUUUCAUAUGCCAUCUCUUAGAUGACCUUUGUGGUUGUCAUGGCAACAGGAUGUAUGCAAUACUUCUUUUAAUUUAUAGAAAAAAUGAAUGCAGAAAAAAACAGAGGGACAGCAGCCACUGUGCAAGACCUUAGUGACAAGGAUCACUGUCAGAAUUUCCGAUCAGUUCUAUUAAUGAGCAGCAGACUCCAUAGGUAAAUGAUUCACUCUUCAGAAGCAAUUGUUUCAUUGAAGCUAUUGCAAAAGAGUAAGCACAGUAGCAUCAUGAAGUCUAGUUGCAUUGAUGGUUAUUGUAUAAUUACCCAUCUGGGAUAAUACAAUGCAACUGUUAUGAUUCAAAAGAUAACCCUCUUCUGUUGAAAUAAGUUCAGCUUCUGCCUCUCUUGUCAAGAAAUAAAAGUGCUCAUUAUCAUAA